UUAUUUUUUUAAAAUCAUUGAUUUUUAUCCACACUGGGAGACAGUAAUGGUGACCCUGGGAAGAACUUGUGCACCCCUCCACCCAAGACGCGGGGCAUGGAGCUGCAGUUUCCUGAGUGGUGGGGGGAAGCUUCUUGACUACUGCCACUUGGCCUGGUUUUGCUCUCCUGCUCCCAGCCUUGUGACGGUUGCGUGUUAAUGUGUAACCCGGACACUGUGGGCUGGGGACCCUGCAAGGACAGACAGCAGAGGGCUGGUAGCUCUGAGUUUGCCUUUAAGGUGAGGGAGGCUGUAGUGUUUGCAGAAUACUAUGUUCAGGGACGGUGGGGAUAGAGGAGAGAGUCACCUCCCUGAAGAGCCGUUGCUGGUGGAUUUGGGCCUUCUCUGUUAAUGACCUGCCUCGUGCAUCACAGCUGGGGUUGACUCUGAGUGGGGAGUGCUGGGCCCGGCUGUAUAGGGUAUCGCUUGCCCCCAGUGGGAGGUAGCCUGUGCAGUGACUUCCUAAAGUGGGGCUGGGGGACGGUUUUACUGUGGCCUCCCCAUCUCUCUGCCAUAGGUGAUGUGGUGGCAGUCAGAUCCAGAGCACAGGCAUGCAUGGACUGGCUGGUCUGCAGCUCUAGAUAGGCUGCAGGAGUAAACAUGUUUAAAUAGGGCUGUGGCUAACCUGUGUAAUAAUGUGUUUUUUCUUGCCAGUGUGGGCCACCUCCUGGCCUCCACUUCUACCAGGGCUAAAGCCAGGUUCUCAAACGUGGUUGUGUGGGGCCAGCGUAGGAGAGCAAAGCUGGGGUACAGCCUGGAUUUAUAUUUGGUUACCUGGGUGUAGGCAAGGGGCCCUCUCUGGCUGGGAGCUAGAAGACACUGGUAGCCGAGUUUUCAGAGCUAAGCAUAUCUGCCCUGGUGGGCUGGCAUGGAGAAGCCAGUGCAUUCUGGCUGGGCUAGCAAAAUGGGGUGCGUGCAAUGGGCUGAGUCUAGCAAAGCGGUUUGGGCUGGGGCUCAUACGCCCUUAUGCUAGCGGACAGAGCUCUGGACUAUGACUCGGGAGACUUGGGCUCUGUUCUCAGCUCUGCCACUGGCCUGCUGGAUGACCUUGGGCAAAUCGCUUCAGCUACCUGUGCCUCAGUUUCCCCAUCUAUAAAAUUGGGGGGCGGGGUCAAUGUUACCGACCUGGUUUGUUAAAGUACUGGGAGAUCUACAGAUGAAUGGCUGGUACCUGCCCAAUAAGGCAGCAUUGGCAGUGUACUGCAGACCAGACUCCCCAUUGCCCGUUACACCUGGAAUCCUGGUCGUCCUGAUGCAUCCUAACAAUCCGCGUUUAUGGCACUUUACAUCUUCGGAGUCCCAUGGUAACCCAGCACGCUUCCAGCUCUUCAGUUGCUAUCUCUGGCUCUCCUGAUAGAAGAGUGAGGCUAAGUUCAGCCACCCCACCCUGCAGCUCCGGUGCCAUCUGGGUGAAGCAGCAGAGGCCAGAUGUGCCUGAGGAAUUCCCCAAGAGGAGCUGUGGUGGGCCGCACAGGCGGGAUGGGGUGUCCAUGCAGCUGCCUCUCAGCUGUCAGGCUGACCAGGGGGACUGCAUGUGCCUGGACUCGCAGAGGUACCUGCUGAUUGUAAUCUCCUGCCUUCGUGUUGGCUCGGAAGAGGGUGCAGGGGAUUCGGUUGGUGGCGGCAGGAAUGCGAUGCAGCGGGGGCUGGGUUCGGGAUGAUGUCAUCUAUGUGUUUUUUAAAAUAAAUUUCAUCUGAACGAGACACAUGGGAGUAACUGGGAGAAGUGCAGCUACUGCUGGGGCCGGGGGCUGGCUGGUGCUGUUCUCUCAGGGUGAUUCAUGCUGCCCACACGGCUCUGCAGCCUCGCUCAGACUCUACCAUUGCUCGCUGCUGCUGCAUUACAGAAGCCUUCCAUCUCCUUGCUCCCCAUCUCUCCCAGUGCCCUGCUCCCCCGUGUCCCUCUCCACUUCAGCACUUCUGGCAGCAGGGCCAGGUUCCCGAGGGCCAUGCCCUGCCCCAUGGGCCGGCUCUAGCAGUGUCCCUCCCCUCCCCCCAGUGUGUUGGAACCUGUUGGUAACCAGUUCCGGCGAGGAAGUGCAGCCUGAUGUCAUCCUGUGAUUUAGCAGCAGCCCGUUGGACUGGCUUGGCUUGUGUAACCAGGAGCCGGUGUGGCAGCCCAGGCACGUUAACUAGCCAUGCUCCAGGUGUGUGCUCACAGGUGCCGUCAGACUGGUAGCAGGGAGGGGAAUGCAGUCCAGAGGGAUGAUGCUAUGGAUGAGACUGAUACGCCCUAGAGUUUGAAGGCUGGAGCAGGAAGUGUGUCAGGGAAAUAGGACCUGAAAUCAGACUCCCCAUUAAAGGGUGCUUGGAGGGGGGCAGGACAUGACCCAGGUUGAAGGGUGGCAGAGGUAGCACCAUGCUACAGAACAACCUGCCACUAGCUCAGAAAAGGGCUUAAAUCCUGAACACACUGCAGCCCCGGUCGGGGCAGUUGCCUGACACGCUGGAUUUACCUGAGCUUUCCUUCCGCUUGUUGCUUUGGCUCCACUGCCGUGAUGUGUCUGUGAAAUGGGGUGACCUGGGGAGGGCUGGUGCACGUGGGCCAGGUGAGCGUGGGCAGGAUGUGGCGUAUCCUGACCUGUCAGUGCUAAUAGCUGUUCCCCGUUGGGAAGUGGGUGUAGCCGUCAGGAUCGCCUGCAGGCUCUGCAGAAGUUGUGCUGCUCUGGCUAAUUACUGGUUUGGCUGGUAUCUGUCAUGGGGUUCAGGCGCUCUGCCUGCCUGGGAUGCUUGGGAGGGUGGCCCUGUGUCACAGGGAGCUGGCCUGGAUACAGGCUCUACUUUCCCUCCCGGUACCACCACCGAGUCCUUCCCGCUGCAUCUUUCUUGCUGCCAGUCAGCUGCCGCCCUGUCUCCUUUCACUGGAGCUCCAGAGGGAGAGGAGCAGCGUUCCCUGGGCAGAGGCACCGGGGCAGCAUGGUGCUGGAGGCUGUGAAGGCAAAGCUGCGGAGCAGAGCCAGGCAAUGCUGCUUCUCUCUGCUGGCCCUGCUCUACGUGUGGUGGCCGGCCUUUCUCACCCCCUCUCUCUGUUACAGGCUGGUGUUCGGGAUGCUCUAUCCGGCCUAUGCCUCCUACAAGGCAGUGAAAACCAAGAACAUCCGGGAAUACGUCCGCUGGAUGAUGUACUGGAUUGUGUUUGCGCUUUUCAUGGCUACGGAGACCCUCACGGAUACGUUCGUUUCCUGGUUUCCCUUCUACUAUGAGAUCAAGAUGGCAUUUGUCGUGUGGCUGCUUUCCCCCUACACCAAGGGAGCCAGCCUGCUCUACCGGAAAUUCGUGCACCCCACGCUGUCCCGCAGAGAGAAGGAAAUCGACCUGUACAUCACCCAGGCCAAGGAGCGCGGCUACGAGACCAUGGUGAACUUCGGCAAGAAGAGCCUCAACAUCGCAGCCACAGCUGCCGUCCAAGCUGCAGCUAAGAGCCAGGGAGCCCUGGCCGGGCGUCUGCGCAGCUUCAGCAUGCAGGACCUGCGUGCCAUCCCUGACGAUGCCCCCGUGCACUACGAAGACCCCUUGUACCUGGAGGAGCAGGAGAUGAGGAGGCGGCCGAUAGGUUACAGAACUGCCUCGGCCGGCCGGCAGCCUGGGCACGAGAGUGACACGGAGGAAGAGGAGUGCUGGUCGGACUCCCAGAUCUCUCCCAAGACUCUGCCCCGCAGCCGGGACUUCGCGCUAUCCAAAACAAUCUCCAGGAGCCAGAGCCUGCGCGUCGUGAAGAAGAGACCCCAAGUCAAAGAGGGCUCUUCCAGGCUGGUGCGGGGCCGGGCGAGGAAGAAGACGGUGCAGCCGGAUCAGGACAGUUAGUCAGCCCGCAAGAGCUGGGCUUCACCAGGAAUCUUAACCUGACAUGAUUUGGCUGCCACACCAGGGCGGCAUGUGUCUCCCUGGGGCCAUGUGCCACUUCCUGCUACAUGCCUGGCAGAGGAGAUUGCUGUUUCUAAUGGGGCAGGAGGUCCCCAUACACUCCACUGUAAAUAUCUUGUCCCUCCCCUGUCCUGAUAGGUCCCUGUACCUUCCUGUCAACAUCCUGCUGCUCUCUCUGCCCCAGGAGCUGCCUCUACGCACAAUGGUCCCCAUCCCCCUCGGUGUAAAUAGCCCAGCACCAGGCCUGUUGCACUCUGCGUGUGGGCUUCACUCUCGACCCCCCUGCUGUUCUGCUGGGCCCUAGCAUGACUCCUCCAUAGCUGGGUUAGCGGCACUUUAGACCAUGGAGCUAUUCUCCUGAGCUACUUCACGUGCCCUGUCACUGUCCCAAGGGAAUGGCCCCCCUGUGCUUCCAUCGAUCUGCUGCAGGUCAGCUCCAGUGACUCUGACCCGUCCUGCUCCCAUCCUCCCUCUGACCCACGUAGUUCUGCCCGCCCAGGGCCGUCUCUUACAUCCCUGCUACUAGUCUCGUAGGGCGACGGCUCUUGUUUCACUCAGGUUUCUCUGCUGUCUGCCACUGCCCAGCUUGGGAGUGCUCUGCCCCGCCGGGUGUGCCUGAAUGCCCUGGGCGGGUGCCAUGAACUGCUUUCUCUCCUGCUUGUGGGCCAGGAGCUGUGGGGAGUAGCAGCCUGGACCAGGCCCAGGAGGGUCACAGGCACGCUGUGUCCCGGGCGUUACAUCCUCCUGCUCUUCAGUCUCUAAUGCACAGGUUUGGGGGGAUAUUUAUUUUAGCGUAACUAGCAGUUGCCUUAUGGAAUCUGAGAGACCCUCUCCGGUCCCUCUCUUCCUGGGGGUUCACCACAGCACGUUUGUGGCUGAAAUGACUGACGCUUUAAGCCAAGCAGAGCACUUCUGUGAGCGGUCAACUCUCCAGAGAUCUGUCUUGGAUCAAAUGAUCCACCUCUGAAUGGAACGUACAUAUCAGCCCAGAGGCUCCCUUAGUUACUGUCUUGGUGACUUCUUCUAAACAUCCCAGCCUUAUCGAAAGGCAGAGGUGCGAUGCGGUGAGAACUUCCCCUGCCAUCUAAGUUACACGAAACCAAAGACAUCAAAUGCCAAAAAUCCAUGUGCUCCUUUGCCUUUAGACCCAGAACACAGCGCUGGGAGCUGGUCACCUCUCUGCCCCAUGUGGAUUUCUGUACCAUCCCAUCUCCCCUGACAGCACCUCAAGGAUCAGACCCUCCACAGUCUUGCCUCAAAUCCUUGUUACUUGAAAACAGACUAACUGAUUGCUCUCUAGCCCCACUUCUGUGUCCUUCACUCUCAGCUGUUUUUUAUGUGAGACCCUCAUGUAUAGACCUUUUGUAUAUUUAAAUACAUGAACUUGUGAAAUGA